AGAUGAACAGCAGGACAACCUCUGAUAAGGGAAUGCUUUAAAUGUGGACCCUGAGAAGAAAUGCUCAUUUUCUCAUCAACAGAAUAACCUUCAGUUAAUUAAAAUGAAUCUGCAGUUUGUUACACUGGCUUUGGUCUUUGCUACCACAACAGCAUUUCCACUCGAUGAGAUCAGUCGAGAAGCAUGGAGUUUGCAGAGAGACAAUCAGGCGACUGAAAAGAAAAAUUUUGCCAAAGAUUCCAAUGGUGUGUGGAAGAACCAUGUGGUGAGCAGUGACCUUUACUCCCAAGACUCUCACAACCCCAUGGCGGCUGAACUGAGACGAAAGCUGAGUAUGGAGUCUGAGCGUCUGAGGGAUCGUCUAAAGCAGGAGCUCGCUGAGCUGAGGGACAGACUAUCUCCCUACCCCAGCCACCCAAAACACACCAUGGCCAACAUCAAGGAGUUCCUCGCCCCCUUCACUAAGCAGCUCCAGACAGCUCUCCAGUCCAACACUCAGGAACUCUGUGAGAAACUCAAUCUGAACCUCCAGGACCUGAACCCAGAGGAAGCCACUCUCUACCAGGAGGCAAUGCAGAGGAUCACGCUAGCCCUGGAUGAAAGCCACCAGAAAAGGACAGCAGCCUUUGAGGACUUUAAAACAAAAGCAUUUGAGGCUGUAGAGGAGAAACGAGACAGCAGUGUAAAGGAGCUUUGGGAGGAAGUCACUGCCAGGCUGGGACAGGAAGUGUGUACCUUCAGUUUAGAGGUACAAGGGAAGGUGGCGGCACUUAAGAUAGCAUUGGCAGACCAUCUAGCCUCGGCACAGCCUCCAAGGGAUGUGAUGACUUCAAAAGUGGAUCAGUUCUGCCAGAAUUCCUCAGCUCGGAAUCAACAGUUCAUUUCUAGCUUAGACCAACAGAUGAUCGUUCUACAAGAAAACCAGACUCAUGGUGAGUCAUCAGCUGGUUUCCAUCAGACAAACAUAGAGUCCAUACAGGAGGAUUUCUCAACCAGACUCACAGCCCUAUUACAAGACAUCGUACACACUCUAAAUUAAACAACACACCACCAUUCCAAUGUAAUGUAGUGUAAAUAAAAGCAUUUAUGUUCAGAUUGUACAAUGGGACCUGUAACUUUUGUAGAACAAUAUUGUUGUUUGUACAGUUUUCAGAAAGAACCUUAUGUAAAGCUCAGUGAAAAACAGUGAAGUGAAAGACAGAGCAGAAACGCUUUCUUCCUUUUACUGAAGAUAUUUUGUGUAAUGUGUGGAUAUGUUUCACAAACUUGUAAAUAAAAAGUUCAAUUUGUACAUAUUUGAAAUGAA